AUGGACCGAAUUCAGUAUGGACCGAAAUCCCUGAUGGCCGGUCCCUCCCUCAAGAAUGGCGGCAGUGGCGCUCACUACAGGUGGGGUCAAUCCGCCCGCGAAGUGACGAUCGCCAUCAACGCCGGCUCUCGUCGCGGCCGAGACUUUCGUGUCGAGAUCAAUCGGAGCCGCGUGAGCGUGGCGGCCAGGAGCUGCGGCGACGAGUGGCAGCACCUCCUGCGCGGCGAGCUGCAGCGACCCGUGCUGACGGACGAGUGUGAGUGGAGCGUGGAGGACGGGUCGCUGAUCAUUGCCCUCGCCAAGGACGGCCGGCUCGGCGCCGAGGCGGAGUGGUGGACCGGGGUGCUCGCCGGCGAGGACACGCUCGAGGCACGGACGGCGGACGCGGUGCGGGAGGCGGAGCGGAGGCAGGUUGGCGCGGCGCGGCGCGAGGUCGUGGCCGGCCGGCUGCAGCUGCAGCCGGUACGCUUCGCGUGCCGCGUCGUCUCGGAGGAGGGACUGGUGCUGCGCCUCGGCAAGGCUGAGGGAGGGGGCGAGGGCGCGUGGCCGACGCUGCGCGCCGCGGCGCGGGGGUAG